UAUCCCCCAACAUUAAAACCUCUCUAUUACAAUAAAAACACUCAAAGAGGAGAAAAAAGAAGAAAAGAAUGGUAACAAUAGCUGGUGGUGUGAGUCUUUCAAGCCCUAGCAGGGUAUUUGCUAAUGCUAAGGGAAUAGACUCAGCACAAAAGGCCCAGGCCGUGAGGUUUCCAGCUCUGUCGAGGCCCAUUCAAAAGUGGCCUGGUUUGGUGAAGACCCGGCCCGUUCGGGCGACGCCGGAGAAGAUAUCGGAGAAGGUAGAGGAGAGCAUAAAGAGCGCGGAGGAGGCGUGCUCGGGAGGCGGCGGUGACGCGGAAUGCGCGGCGGCCUGGGACGAGGUGGAGGAGCUGAGCGCGGCGGCGAGCCACGCCAGGGAGAAGCAGAAGCAGUCUGACCCGCUCGAAAAUUACUGCAAGGACAAUCCAGAGACUGAUGAGUGCCGCACCUAUGAUAAUUGAUGACUGAACUCAGUCAUUCCAAAGUUACAUGCAUGCAUCUAUUACUUUUACCUUCUGUUACGUACAUCAGACACCAUGUAUUAUUAAUUAAUUCUUAUUUAUAAUAAACACAAUUCAAAAUCUGAAUCACUCGUCAUAUGUAGUGGUUCGUCCUAGCUGUUUAAUUUAUA